AGGGGAGAGGAGGUCAUGUUGACGAAACGAAACUUAGGUUAAGAUAAACCAAAGCACCCGACGUGGAAGCAGUUCCCUCGUUCAGGAGAAAAAUAAAACGCAUUUUGAAAUUCGCUGACUGACAGAACUACAUCAAGGAAUGGCCUCUGCUAACACUUCCUGGUCUGAGGAGAACUUUUCAUGUUCCAUCUGUCUGGAUGUGUUCAGCAGCCCAGUUUCCACACCAUGUGGACACAACUUCUGCAGAGCCUGUAUUACUAAGUUCUGGGAUGAACAAGUCAAGUACAAAUGUCCCGUUUGCAACGAGCUUUUCAACACAAGACCUGAUUUACGGGUCAAUAUCCUCUUUUCAGAGAUGGUUGAUCGGUUUGGAUCGUCCCUACGAGUAAAAGAGCAGCCUUGUGUGUUUGGAACGUCCCUACGAGUCAAAGAGCAGCUUUGUGUUGAACCAGCAGAAGUUCCCUGUGACGUCUGUACUGGGACCCAGCUGAAGGCCGUGAAGUCCUGCCUAGUGUGUCUUAUCUCUUACUGCCUAACCCACCUGGAGCCACAUCAGAGAGUCGCAGGCCUGAAGAAACAUCGGCUGGUCGAGCCUAUGGACCGUCUGGACGACAGGAUGUGUAAGAAACACGACCGACUUCUGGAGCUCUUCUGCCAGACUGAACAGGUGUGUGUGUGUCUGUUGUGCACAGUGACGGACCACAAGUCACAUCCUGUUAUACCUCUAAAGGAGGAAUAUGAAGUGAAGACGGCCCAGCUGGGGAAGAUAGAGGCUGAAGUUAAGCAGUUGAUCCAGGAGAGACAAAAGAAUAUUCAGGAGAUUAAAGACACAGUUGAACGCAGCAAAGCAGACGCAGACAGAGAGAUAGCUGAUGGUGUGCAGGUCCUCACUGCUCUAAUGCGCCGCAUUGAAAAGUGCCAGGAUGAUCUCAACCAAACGGUUAAAGAGAAACUGAAAUCCACAGAGAAACAAGCUGAAGACCUCAUCAAAGAGCUGGAGCAGGAAAUAGAAGAUCUGACCAAUAGAAGCUCAGAGGUGAAGCAGCUCUCACACACUAAAGACCACCUCCACUUCCUCCAGACCUUCAGAUCCCUGAAGGAUCCUCCACCCCCCAGGAACUGGACCAUGGUGGAGGUCCGUCCUCCGUCAUACGUAGGGACCUUGAGGAGAUCCCUGGAUCAGCUGGAGGAGACACUGAACAUGGAGAUGAAGAAGCUGCGUGAUGCUGAACUGAAGAGGGUCCAGCAGUAUGAAGUAGAUGUGACUCUGGAUCCUGAUACAGCUCAUCCCUGGCUCAUCCUGUCUGAGGAUGGGAAACAAGUACAUGAUGGAGGUAUAGAGAAGAUACUCCCAGACAACCUUAAGAGAUUUGCACGGUGGGGAGGUGUUCUCACGAGGCAGAGCUUCUCCUCAGGGAGAUUUUACUUUGAGGUCCAGGUUAAAGACAAGACUCUAUGGAGGUUAGGAGUGGUCAGAGAGUCCAUCGACAGAAAAAGUGUGGCCAGGCGGACCCCUGAGAACGGUUACUGGACUCUUCUCUACAACAAGUAUGGGUUGGUAUUUAGUGAUAACCCUGAUGUCCGUGUCCCUCUGAGAGCUGGGCUCCAGAAGGUGGGGGUGUUUGUUGAUUAUGAUGAGGGUGUGGUCUCCUUCUAUGAUGUGGAAGCCAGGGUUCAUCUCUACUCUGCUACUGGCUGCACCUUCAGUGAGCCUCUCCAUCUACUCCUCAGCCCAGGUCGCCUUGAAUAUCAAGGUGACAACACUGCCCCCCUAAUCAUCUCACCUGUCAAUCAAACAGACUAGGACCUUUGUUUGGUAAUAAAAUAAUCAAACAACAAAACAACUAAUGUUGUUUCCUGAAUUAGAAUCUCUACUAUGGGAGGUCUGAGAGAACUGUAUUCAUAUCUUACUUUUCACUGUCAUCUAACGAGUAAUUCAUUAAGCCACGAACACUGUACUAUAAAAAAUAUAACCCAUUAUAACCUAUAAGACUACACUAUAAUGGUCAAUGUCUUUUAUCUGAAUAUUUUUAUAUUUUUAAUUAAUGACACUGAACACACUGUCAAUCAUGUACUGUAACAUGGUCGGUAUAAAUGUUAACAAAUAUUAAUUAUUAAUAUUCCUUUAUGUUUUUAAUCAUGUUUGACAACACAAUACAAUGUUUGUAAACUUUUGAGUUUUGUAUAAAAGUUUAUUUGAAGUAGAAUGGGGACAUCUUCUGUGGAAGUUACAUUCUCAGUACAAUAUGUAUUCAGUGGAAUAGGUACAUUCUUAGUAUAUGUAUUCAGUGGAAUAGGUACAUUCUUAGUAUACGUAUUCAUUGGAAUAUACAUUCUCAGUACAAUAUGUAUUCAGUAGAGUAGGUAUUUUCUCAGUACGUAUUCAGUGGAAUAGGUACAUUCUCAGUACAAUAUGUAUUCAGUGAAAUAGGUACAUUCUCAGUACAAUAUGCAUUCAGUGGAAUAGGUACAUUCUCAGAUGAAUAGGUACAAUCUCAGUACAAUGUGUAUUCAAUAGAUUAGGUACUUUAUCACUGGGAUAAAACAAAAACAACUGUGUUGCCUAAAACCCCUUUUACACAUGAUGGGAUUCAAGGAAAGAUUUAAAUCCCAUAAUAACUGAACACGUUUGUAGCUGUUGAGCCAGUCAAUGCCAUUUUACAACAACCAAACAAGUGUAACACACUUACACAAAGGUCACACUGACUGCAUGUAAAGAUUCCCCCUGUGUGUGUGAGGAUCGUGACUUUGUCUUGCAUAUUUAGAUUUGUUUAGUCAAAUAUUACUAAGUACAUAUCAGUGUGGGAGUUUGUGUUGAGGAUGGCUGGUGAGUCUGAUUGGACAUCACGGGCUUGGUGAGGGACACACCUGUUGCACAUUGAGUAAUCAGUGCUCACAGGUUAAACGUGCCAUUUAAGGAACCCUUUAAGUAUCACUGCAAAGCCAUGGCCAGUGGCAAACACCUUAGAUAAUCUAGCAGAGAUGUUGGUGAGCCCCGAACCGAACCUUGUUUCCCCAGAGGUUGAGAUAGAUGCCUAAUUGAGUCUAGAGUUCACCCUAGAAUAAGUUGAUAACGGGACAGUCGUGGCCUCUAGAGUAGGCCUACCUUUGAUACCAAAGUACGAUCGGCCACCCUUUACACAAGCAGUAGUAUUUAGUACAACAGCGUCCCCUGCUGGACAGCAGCAGCUAUCUCCUGAUUCAUUAUUAAAUCACGUUUAUAAUACUCAGGCCUUAUACAUAUAUCAGAUUAAAUAAUACUACACUGUAGGUGUAAUUUGUAUGAAAGCAACUUGGAGUUAGACUCAAAGUUAAUCUUUGAGAAACGAAUGUUAGCCGUUGAUUCUGUGGUUCGUUUUUUCAUUCGUCCUCCAUUUGCUGUAUUUGUGAUGUCAUCCGGAAGUCGUCAUUAUUUCUUAAGCUCAUUCAUGGUUUCAUUGAUAUCGUAUCAAGUUAUCUCACUGCUGUUUGUGGGAUGUUCUAUUGAGCCCUG